AUGCCCACUCUUCGGUCGUCGUGGCCGCUUCGGGGUCGUGCAAUCUACUUAUCAAUCUUUCUGUUCAUUUUGUUCAUGAUCGGUCUCGGCCACUAUGUCUACCGACCGCAUUUCGGCUCUCCCCUGGAUGUUUUCUCUGACGCAAAAUCGCCAUACUACUCCAAAGCUGGGCACCGAUACUAUUCAUGGAUAACCAGGCCUUAUUUCCCGCCGCUUAUCGAUGCCGGGGACAGAGACCUGACAUCCUCCGAGUUCUGCGCAAACUUUCCCACCCACUUAUUAGAUCGCGUUCAAGUAAUCCUCAAAACAGGCACUGGCGAGCCUGAGAAGAACAAAGCGCAUCUUGAUACCGUUACCUCCUGCAUCACCAACCUCAUUAUAUUUUCCGAUUUCGACGAGAACAUUGGUCAUCAUCACUUCAUUGAUGUCCUUGACGACCUCCCGCCAACCUACAACUCCAACAACCCGGAUUUCGCGGCUUACAGUGCCCAGAAGCUGGCCCAUUCACAAGGUGGCUCAGUUGGUUAUUCGCAGGAAGGGUGGCGACUCGACCGCUUCAAGUUCUUGCCUAUGGUUGAAAAGGCGUAUGAGAUGCGCCCGCACGCAGAUUGGUACGUCUUCAUUGAAGCCGAUGUUUAUUAUUUUUGGGACACAAUAUUCCGCAUUCUUGAUCAGCUCGACCCAUCCAAGAUGCAUUAUCUAGGGUCACCGGCCCCGGGAUCUGACGGUCGAUAUUUCGCGUAUGGUGGCGCAGGUUUUGUGCUGUCAACGGGCUUAAUGAAACGCUUCGUUGGCAACCCCAGCACCGACUCUCGCCUGAGUGUUCAAUACCAGGACUGGGCCAAGAAGGACUGCUGCGGCGAUGCUGUGCUUGGUUAUGCCAUCCUGGAUAAGACUGGAGUAAAAUUGGAGGGUCUUUAUCCUACGUUUGCUGGUGACGACCUCGGGUCCCUUAAAGUGGACAAGGAGAGGUGGUGUAUCCCGCUGCUUGCACUUCAUCGAAUGUCGCCAGAGCAAAUGACGGCGUUAUGGAAAUGGGAACGGACGAGGCCGUAUAAUGAGGUAUAUUUAUCUCGCCUUCUGUGA